CUUUUAACUAACAAUAUAAAUAAACAAUGAAACUUGUUUAAAAAUAACAUAAAUUAUUAAAAUUUCAAGCCGGCAAGUUUAAUAACGCAUAUUACUAACGCACGUUAAGCACUCAAAAAAUAAAAAGGAAAACAUUGUUGAAACUACAACAACAUUGUUGCCAACAACAGAAGACAUAAACGCUGCAUUUGUUACAGACAAAAGUCUUGAACAACAACAAGAACAGAAGGAGUUGGAGGAAUACUCAGCUGCAGCCAUGACUAAGGAAGAGUUGUAUGAAGCCAACGGAAACGGAAAUAACGAAUUUGAAACCAAUAUGUCUGAGGACAACGACAACAAUAACGACAAUAUUGACAAUGAGGAAAAUCCAGAAGUUGAACAUACAAUUGAAAAUAAUGAGGAUAUAGAAGAGGAAGUAAAUGACAAUUUAAAUGAAUCAUCAAGUAGCAACAACAACAACAACACUGAUGUUGAAGAUGAUGACUCUGACAAGGAGCAAGAGAAUAAUGAUAAUAAUGGCGAUGACGAUGAAGAUUCAGAUGCAGAUGAAGCCAAAGCCGAUAUUGAAAUUGUCAAUUUGAAGAAAAUGAAAUAUUCAAAUUAUUCCGCUGCCAUACGCAACAAAGAACGCGAAGACGAAUCAUCUUCAGAUGAUGAAGAUGCCAACGCUCCUGAAAUGCCACCCACAUUCAAUGACGAAUGGGGCAGCUUUAAUGAGCCAACUAAUGAGCAAAAUGAUUUGAGCAACGAUAUUGAUGUCUACGAUGUUGUACCAAUUGAUUUAUCCAAUGACAUUGCCGUCAAUGAUGCAGCCAAUUUACCACUUAAUCCCGAUGCAGAAUUCAUUGAUAUCUAUGGUGUGCAACAUCAAUCAAAUGUCAUGCCAAAAUUUGAAAAAUUAUCCUUAGACUAUCAGCCACCCUCCGAGGAGGAAUGGUCUAAUACACCAGCCAAAUAAGUUGGGUGACGAUAAUAAUGAUUUUAUUAUUUAGUUAAGCAGUAGUCAGUCAGUCAGUCAUUAUAAACAUUUAUUUAGUAAGUUUGUCAAUUCGAAUAUAUUUUUUUUUUUUAAUUUUUUAUUACGUUUUGUAUAAAGUGUGAUUUAUUUUAUUUAUAACUCGCCCUUAUGACUCAUUUAUUGGUGAAACAUUGUUUGAAUUUUUAUUUAUAAAUUUUAAUUUUAUAUAUUUUUUUAACAUUUUUUUGUUAAUUUUUGAUUUUAAAUAAUUACUCAUAGAAUCAUAGUUAAAAUCCACAUUUAAAUACUGAUUAGCAUUUCAUUUAGCUUACACUCAUCCACACAUAUGACACGUAAUAAAUACUCAAAAAAAAACUUUUAAAUUAA